UGCUCACUCCGACCACAAGCACAACGGAAAUGGUAACCAAGGUGGAUAUCAGCCGAGAGCUAUACGAUGAAGAUGCAUCCUCCGGGUCUCUGGGAUGUUUCGGUUGGUGUCUGUACCUUGCAUCUAUGUUUUUCGUGCUCACCACAUUCCCUGUUUCAAUAUUCAAGUGUGUUACGAUAGUGCAGGAGUACGAGCGAGCCGUACUUUUCCGUCUCGGUCGCAUAGUGGACAAGAAGCCAAAGGGACCAGGGCUGUUCUUCGUCAAUCCAUGCACAGACAAGUUCACCAAGGUGGACCUAAGAACUGUCUCCUAUGACAUCCCUCCACAAGAGAUUCUGACCAAAGACUCUGUGACCGUGUCUGUGGACGGAGUGGUCUACUACCGGGUCCACUGCCCCAUGUUGUCCGUGACCAAUGUGAAGGAUGCGCACCACGCCACAAAGCUGCUGGCCCAGACCACCUUGAGGAAUAUUCUGGGGACCAAGAAACUGGCGGAACUCCUGUCGGACCGCGAGGGCAUAUCAAAAGACAUGCAGGGGUCCCUGGACGAAGCGACACACCAGUGGGGCAUCAAGGUGGAGCGGGUGGAGAUUAAGGACGUCAAGCUGCCCCACCAGCUGCAGCGGGCCAUGGCAGCGGAGGCAGAGGCCAGCCGCGAGGCCAGAGCUAAGGUGAUCGCAGCAGAGGGGGAGAUGAACGCGUCGCGUGCCCUCAAAGAAGCGUCGCUGGUCAUGGCCGAGGCCCCGGGCGCCCUGCAGCUGCGCUACCUUCAGACCCUGAACAGCAUCGCGGCCGAGAAGAACUCCACCAUCAUCUUCCCCCUGCCCAUUGACGUCAUGGCGCACUUCAUGAACAGGAAGUGAAGCUGCGUAUCAUCGUGUUAAUGGUGACACGUUAUACCACCAGGCGUGAGGGGGAUUAGCCGUUACAAGCCGUUUUGCAAAAUCGGCCUCUUCUGACAUCACAAGUGGGCGUGUCCACCGCCCACUUGUGAUGUCAGAAGAGGCAGAUUUUCAAAACGCUUUGUAACGGCUAAUCACAGUCACACCUGGUUGUAUAAUAUGUCAGCUUAAUUAUUUAACAAGCUACGGUUAGUGUUUUGUAGCUUGAAUGUGAGUCUGUUGAAUCGUAAGGCGCUUAUCAUUUCCUUAAACCUGCUGAUAUUCUUAGCUGUGCCACUUUUGCAAGAUUUUUACUCUUCUUUUCGAUGGCUUAUAUCGUUUUGCACCACUGUCAUGGCAAAAUGUUACAGGGAGCGCUAUACAUCCGUAUAUUGACAUUUUACAUAUAUCUUGUUUGUACACUCUUUUAAUGUGAGGUCUUACUUAAAUACAAAGUGCAACCAGUGUUUCCCCCAGUACUGUACGGUUAAGGCGGCUGCCUUAACAACAAUAGGGCCCCACCUUGACUACCAACCCUACUCUCGUAGGGUAAGGAAACAUACUUCCACCAGGUACAAAGAAUAAAGAUAAAAAUAAUGGAAUUUAAAUGGCAGCGGCCCUGCCCGCUCCUCGACCACCUUGACUAAGACAUUUCUUGGGGGAAACACUGGUGUAAAGUAUAUAGUACAGACAUGUCUUAUCACGGAUAACAAUCUUGUAAUCAACAAAAGCUGCAAUUUCGAUAAAAUACAAAACAAUGAUAAUAAAUAAUAAUAAAUAACAGGAAUAAAAAAUAGACAUGCUUUGUGAUAAACAUCUUCAAGGAGAGAAAUGUGGUAAAUCAGUGGGUACAAUCGUUAAAACAUAGGCCCCGUUAACAAUGAAAAAACAUCAACGGCUAGCUAGCGAAAUAGUGUUUUUGCUUCGACAUGACUGUAAACACUUCCCUUUUCUACUGUGAAGCUAAGAUUCAGUCAGAGACAACACGGUCAUGUCCACAAAGACACAGACAAUCAAUGCCCUUUAAGUACCUGAUAGCGAGGAAUAUGGUUUGCAACAAUACGUUUUUCGUCAAAUGGUGCAACCCUUGAGAGAUUUGAGUUUGGAUAAUAAUAGUCGUACCAAUUCUGCU